AUGAGGCACGUUUCCUACCCGCAGCAUCCAACUUCGCCGUCUCUGACCCCGAGUGGCCAAGAUUGUGAUCUAGCGGAGAUCACUGAGGGUUUCAUCAACGGCGGACCUCUCAGUUUCACCCCUCCACUUCUUGAGCAGUCACAGAGCCCGCAGGACAUGGGCCCGUUUCAGUACAGCCCUCGCCAGCCUGAAGAUGCACAUCGCGGGCAUACAAACUCCUCCCAUCGAUCUCGUCUAGAAUCUGGCGGUGCCAAUAUUUCCUCAACCUGGACAGUUCAUGACGAUUCCAUCCUGAUGCAAGCACGGGCUCACAGCCAUGGCUGGGGCCAGAUCCAAAAAGAGCAUUUUCCAAAAAAGACGGCGAAUGCCUGUCGGAAAAGGUACGAGCGUCUGGUGGCAAAGAGAAGGGGACCUGAAUGGGACCAAGAGAAGCUCGAAAGGCUUUCUGUAGAAUACAAUCGAUUGCGAGAGCAGACAUGGCAGCCACUCGCAUUUGCCGUGGGCGAGAAAUGGCAGGACGUGGAAAAGGCAUGUUUCGAUAGGGGCCUGAAAUCCCUGACAUCGCCAACCCGGAGAGUUCCUCCACAACCCCAGCAAAGCGAGGUUACCAAUACACCUGUCACCCAGCCUCAUCCGCGCAGAGUUAGCGCACUGCCACUGAAGGACAUUUUGACUAACGACUAA